CCCACCCUUAAUAUUUAGUCUAUCUCUUUUCAUCGAAAUAGUAUAAUAGUACGUCCUACUGUUUGAUCGACCAAAGAGACUAAGAGAGACACUCAACAAGAUGUAUCCAAAAACUAUCCGAGAAGCUAAUAAAGAACAUAUAUUGGCUGUUUCAAGAGAUUUUAUAUCACAGCCACGACUUACAUAUAAAACCGUCUCAGGUGUAAAUGGACCAUUGGUAAUAUUAGAUGAAGUCAAAUUUCCAAAAUUUGCAGAAAUUGUUCAAUUAAAACUUGCUGAUGGAUCUACAAGAUCUGGUCAAGUAUUAGAAGUAUCAGGUUCUAAAGCAGUUGUUCAAGUAUUUGAGGGUACUUCUGGUAUUGAUGCAAAAAACACUCUUUGUGAAUUUACUGGUGAUACUCUUCGGACUCCUGUAUCUGAAGAUAUGUUGGGACGUGUUUUUAAUGGAUCUGGAAAACCAAUUGAUAAAGGUCCUCCUAUUCUUGCGGAAGAUUUUUUGGACAUUGAAGGACAACCAAUUAAUCCAUGGUCACGUAUAUAUCCUAAAGAAAUGAUUCAAACAGGUAUCUCAGCUAUUGAUGUUAUGAAUUCUAUUGCUCGUGGCCAAAAAAUCCCUAUUUUCUCAGCUGCUGGUUUACCACACAAUGAGAUUGCUGCACAAAUUUGCCGUCAAGCUGGUCUUGUAAAGUUACCUGGAAAGUCAGUUUUGGAUUCUCAUGAAGAUAAUUUUGCCAUAGUAUUUGCUGCUAUGGGUGUGAAUAUGGAAACUGCUCGUUUCUUCAAGCAAGAUUUUGAAGAAAAUGGUUCUAUGGAAAAUGUGUGCCUCUUUUUAAAUUUAGCCAAUGAUCCUACUAUUGAAAGAAUUAUUACUCCACGUCUUGCUUUAACUGCAGCUGAAUUUUUGGCUUAUCAAUGUGAAAAACAUGUUCUAGUUAUACUAACUGAUAUGUCCUCUUAUGCUGAGGCUCUUCGUGAAGUAUCUGCUGCUCGUGAAGAAGUACCAGGACGACGUGGUUUUCCUGGUUAUAUGUAUACAGAUUUAGCAACUAUAUAUGAACGAGCUGGUCGAGUAGAAGGUCGCAAUGGUUCUAUUACCCAAAUUCCAAUUUUAACUAUGCCAAACGAUGAUAUUACUCACCCUAUUCCUGAUUUAACUGGAUAUAUUACUGAGGGUCAAAUUUAUGUUGAUCGUCAACUUCAUAAUAGACAAAUUUAUCCACCUGUUAAUGUACUUCCUUCAUUAUCUCGACUUAUGAAAUCUGCUAUUGGUGAAGGAUGGACACGAAAAGAUCAUUCUGAUGUGUCUAAUCAAUUGUAUGCUUGUUAUGCUAUUGGAAAAGAUGUACAAGCUAUGAAAGCUGUUGUUGGUGAAGAAGCUUUAACACCAGAUGAUUUGCUGUAUUUAGAAUUUCUUUCUAAAUUUGAGAAAAAUUUUAUUUCUCAAGGAAGUUACGAAAAUCGUACAGUCUUUGAAUCAUUGGAUAUUGGUUGGCAGUUAUUGCGUAUCUUUCCUAAAGAGAUGCUCAAACGAAUUCCUACUAACAUUCUCGCCGAAUUUUAUCCAAGAGAUUCACGUCAUUAGUUUUUUUCAUAUUUACAAUUAAGUCUUUUUUGUUUAAACUAUAUAAAAAAAAUUAUGAAUGAAAGAAAUGAAAAAAUGGUCUGACUCUCUUUUUUGAUCAUUUU